GAUUCUCAAUUUAAACCAUACAGUUGCAGUAUGUGCGGAACACGAUUCGUCGAAAAAUCGAGUGGGUUUGACGUCAUUUAAAGAGAACUCACAAAUUUUCACCAGAAGAAGCCAGAGAAUACAUGAUCAGAGCUGAUUACACUAAAGACUCUAACACAACAAAUAAAAUAGUCUCAGUUCCUCAAACUAGUACACCUGUUAAGAAUGAUGCAAACGAAAGUUUACAAGAAAGUAUUGAUAAUGAUUCAACUUACAUGGAUGAAGAGGAUAAAGAAGACCAGAACAGUUCUUGUCAGAGAACCUUUCUGUGCAGUCUUUGUAAACGGCGGUUUAUGUUGCGCUCUAGCGUCAGGAGACACUUACGAAAAGUCCAUCAUUUUACACCUGAAGAAGCAAGAGAGUGCGAUAUUCUUGCAGAAGAAAACAAAGACCAACUAUACCGAAUCAGAAAACCAGCUGAUGCAGAAAAAAGCUUGUCAGGUAUUACACCAACCCCGCCACCAGAGAAGUCUGCAAUCAAGGCUAAACAGAGGACAGAUAUAUCGUGUAAAAUAUGUAAUCAAAAAUUUAGUCAAAGGUUUGGUCUAAAACGUCACUUGAUUAAUGUUCAUAGGUUGGAGGCACCCGAGGUAGAAAGUUACAUGGAAGAACAAAUGAAUGAGACUUCUCCAGGUGUAAUCCAAACCUGUAGCUUGUGUUUUACUGCUUUUGAAAGUAGGCCUAAACUACGAGUUCAUCUAAUAAAAUUACAUCGUCUGUCUGAAUUAGUUGCAGACAGGAUUCUUGUUGGAGAAGAAAGGUCAGAUUAUACCGAAGGAAUCGAAACCGACGUGCUCAAUUCUGGAACAGAAUUGGAUGUUUCUGAUGGUUUUGAAGAAACUGGACAAGAACAAACAAGUGUUAUGUACAUGAAUGACAAAGAUGGGGAAGUUGAAAAUUUCGAUGUUGAUGAUGAUUCUAAUGAAAUGAAACUGGGAAAUAGUAGUGAUGUCAUGUUUGGUUUAAAAGGCGAAAAAGAUCUCUUAGCAGAAAUGAAUUUUGAGGCAAUUAAUCCAUGGGGAACAGAACUUAAGUCUGAAGAUAUUGAACCAGAUAAUCUUGGAAUAAGUGAACCGGGGUCAAAUGCAGAUAUAGACUUCCAUCUGACUGAAGAAGAUAAAUUAAUGGACUCUAAUGAUGGCCAAGACCCCAUGAAUAUUAACCUCAUUCCUCAAGAUAAUGAAAAUGAUUCUGAAAGCAAAGCGGAAAGUGUGAAAAGUACAAUAGGAUCUCAGCAUAGUUCAGGACUACCUUCUUAUCUCCAGAAAAGGAGUUAUGAUUGUCCUAUAUGUGGAAGAGUUAUGAGUGAUGCCAGUGCUAGGUCAAAACAUAUACGAAGACAUGAGGGUAGAGCUGGGUUCAAGUGCGGGUUGUGCGAUAAGAUCUUCCCUCAGUUACGCCUGAUUGAGAGUCACCUGAAAACACACUGUGGGUUUGGAGUGAAGUGCGGUUUAUGUUUCAUAUAUUGCGCAGAAAGGCAUGGUGCAAAAAGACACAUACACAGAAUACAUAACAUAGAACCAAAUACAGAGGAGUCCGAAAGGAAUAUAUUAUCUUGUACAUUAGAUGCACCAAAUAUUCAAGAGAACAUGCACAAUUAUACAGUGAUUGAUCUGUCAAAACAAAAAGACAUCAUUGAAAUUGUACCGAACACGCUCCUGGGUAAAAAGACUGAUUUUGAAAAAUGGAAACUUGAAACUGCAGAAGCCAAAGCAAAAGAGAAAAUGGAGUUGAGAAAUAGUAUAGGUGAAAGUGAAGAAAUACCAAGUGUUAAAACAGAGGAUGUUUCAGGAAAUAUGAAAUCUGAUUUUCAUAUGAGUGAACCUGUUGAUUUGAAUGGUUCUGCAGAUUCAAGGGAUUCCACUCUAAAUGUAAAAGAUGCUGUUCUAAACAAGUUGAAAGUGAAACCUAAAAAGGCUACAAGAAUUGACUCUGUGAUAAGUUCCUUACACAAGAAGUUAUUGACAAAAAGCAUAAAUGGAUCCGACACUGAGGACCAGUCAGACAGCGGAAGUCAAACAGAAACCGAUUCACCAAAAUCUGUUUAUAGUGCUGAAAACUGUUCUCCACUAAAGAUAAAAUUGACCAAAAAGUUUACUGUUGAAAAGUCGCCAAAGAAAACCAAACAUUCUGACUCAGGAGACAAUGACGAAGAUGAUGAUGGUGAAGAUAAUUAUGGUGAAGAUGAUGAUGGUGAAUAUUCUGAUCAGACUGUUGACAUGGAUUAUGAAGAAAAACCUCCUGAGGAUGCCACAUAUCAAAAUUCUGCUGAAGAUAACAAAAUGAAUGUUAAAACUGAAAAGGAUCAGAUAGAUCAAGAUGUGGCUUUACUGGACCAAGAGUUGAUGAAGGCCUUUAUGCCUGAGCUCUCUGCUGGUGGUAGUAUGAGUAACCUUGAUUCCUUGGAGAGGACCUUGAAUGCUCUGAAGAAGGAUAAAGAGGAAGCUCCACCAAAACCAGUACCUCACCUGAUCUGCUGGGAGUGUGGCAAGUCCUACUCCAACUACAAGUCGUACCGGGAACAUCGCAGGAAGAAACAUCCACUUAGCUGUAAUCUCUGUAGACAGGUGUUUGUUGAUGUUCUGCUGUACCAGAGUCACAUGCAGGCGCACGGGGAAGGGAACAAGGUCCCUCGUAAUCAUGACUGUCCCGUAUGUGGCAAGGAAUUUAAAGAUGCAAGUUCCAGGGCCAAACAUCUUAGACUUCAUACAGGAGAGAAGCCAUACAGGUGUGAGAUAUGCGGUAAACGUUUUACUCAAACUGGUCACCUGGCUAGUCAUAUGAGGAUCCAUAAUGGCGAAAAACCGUUUGAUUGCAAGCUCUGCGGAAAAUGGUUCACAGAGAAAUCCAGCGUUAAACGCCAUCUUCGUAAGAUGCAUUUCAACCAGUACAACAAGAAAUGUAGUGUGUGCGGUAUCAUCUCCAAAACACGUGAAGAACAUCGUGAUCAUCUUGUCACUCACAAACUCAAAGUUUAUACUUGCCAAGUCUGUGCUAAGGACUUUAUUGACUCUCGUGCGCUUAAAGUGCACGUGUUUAAUGCACAUUCCCAGAUUACUCAGUCGUUAAAUCUCAAAGAGUACCGUUGUCAGGAGUGUGAUAAACAGUUUUUCUCGACUAAAGGACUGAAAAAUCAUCUGAAAACCCACAAAAUUGAUGUACAGAUGUAUAACUGUGAAAUUUGUAACAAAUUAUUUUUCAAUGAAGAGUAUAUGAAGAGUCAUAUGAAAACUCAUUCAACGAACAAGGAACGAUACUGUGAGAUAUGUCAUAAGCACUUUAAUAGUGCUGCCUAUUCGGCCUUCCAUAGAAAACAACACAUUCUUGAAAAGCUUAAUGAAGUUAUGGCUGCAAAAGAGACACAAGAAAAGGAAUCUACCCUUCAAAUAAAUGCUGAAUUAAAAGAAAAUGACAAAAUGUCCGAUUUAGUGAACAAAACUUACGUGAAAACAGAAAAGGUUGAUGUUAAUAAUGAAGUAGAAAGUGGUCUAGUCAGUGGUACCAAUAAUGCACCUGAAAUUGAUUCCAAAACAGUAAAUAAAAUGGACAGCAAUAAUUCUGAAACAAAAGACCUUGACAAUAAUGUAAUGGACUUAAAGGAUAUACAGGCCGCAUUUAAUGAACAUCUUAUCCGACUUCAGCAUUUCAAAUUCUAUUCGUGCUUCUAUUUCUUCAAAGCUAAAGAUGCUAGGAUUGAAGAUACAGAAGCUGGGGAUCAGAGUAUAAUUUUCACAUCGGAAAAUAGGAACAAUGCUUGGGUUCAGAUGGAGAAUGGGGAUAAGAAAGCGAGAUGUUUCUCCAUGUACCGCUGUAAUGAAUGUAGAACUUUCAAGCUUAGAAAGCGAGAGAUUAUCCGCCAUUAUGAUUCCAUGCAUGGAGGACGUCUGAAUAUCCACUGUUCAACUUGUUCUGCAGUAUUUCCUUCUAAAGUGUUGCUUCGUAUCCAUGAGAAGCGGGUCCACAACUUCCAGCCAAAUCAAACCCUAAAAUGUCAGCUGUGCCAUAAAACUUUUGGUAACCUUGCAGCUUUGAGAAAACAUGAGCGGCGACAUACAGGGAACCUUCCCUACGAGUGUGCUACAUGUGGGAAAAAGUUCUUGAAUCGAUACAGCCUAGUUUUCCAUAUGGAGUCACAUUCCUCUAAACGUCUCGAGUGUAGGAAAUGUGGUACUAAGUUUGUUCACCAGAAGUCAUACGAUCAGCAUCAGAGAGCAAUGUGCAUGGGUCAUCGUAAAAGAAUCGCGGCACGGAAGUUGCAACUUCCAGCUAUGAACCCGAAACCUCUGGCAAGGAAGUCUUUUGUCUGUAAAUACUGCUCUAGGGAAUAUAAUUUCACUAGAACAAUUGAGAUUCACAUUCAACAAAACCACCCCGAAUAUGAAGGGGCGAUAAGCAAUGCAUAUACUGUCCAAGAGAUAGAUGAAGUAAACCAAAAUGGUGAAAACUCUGUACCAGAUAUAGCAAUAAAUGUGCAAAAAAAAAUCGGCAGGAGGUGGAAUAGAAGCAGAUAUAGAUAAAGCGGAUGGUAAUGAAAUGAGUGAUAUUGAUAUUAAAACUACCUCGGUAAAACUAGAACAAGAUUCUAAUGAUGAUUCAAAUGGUUUGGUAUCCUCGAUUAAGUGUGAGAACGGGGAGGCAGAUAUUUCCAGCAAUAAAGGUAUAAAGCAAUUAGAUGCAGACAAUUACACCAAUUACCUUGUCAGAAAUUUUCUCUUAACUGACUCUGUUGAAAACACUCCAAGUGGAUUCAUAAAGAUGGAAGUUGAUGAACACUGAACGAUUCGUAAUACUGCGAGGGUCUCCGUCAGUUGUUGAUUUUGGGUUGAGCUAGGGAUAUAUGCUGCUUUUCAAUCAAUCACUGUAAAUACUCCGUCAUAAGUCUCUUUUUUUUAUUCAAAAAGAAAGGACUUAAUCUUAAAGACUUAAGAAUAUGUUUGGGCCUAGCAGGAUUGAGUUGCUCUCAACUUUAUAAGCUGGCAACUGAGUAAAUAUAAAAACCAUGUUUGACUACUAGAAAGGUAACAGUUUAUUGUUUAGCAACGGGUUGAAUAGUGUACCAAUUGGAAUUUUUUAGCAAUUACAUGAAAACACAGAUUCUGAACAAAGUUGUCCGCUAGGCAGUUUUUAAUGACUCAUUCCUGAUAUUGUGAUGGGUGUAUUUCCAAUGUUCAUGAUAAUCAUAGCAAACUUACUGGUACAGGUCAAGCUGUUAUUUAUAACAGUACCUGGACUUUUAUUUAUUUCAACUAAAGCUUUGUACUGAUACAUGUACAUGUAUACAAAAUACCUAAUCAAAAGUGUGCUAAAAUGAGAAAGAAACAACUGUCUUGUACCUCAAAAGUGUUUUUUUUUCUUCACUAAAAUCCAAAAGAAAGUUUUACAGAAAAAAAUAAUCAGAAAUUCUCAGGGCAAAAUUGGACAUAUUUUAGCACGUUUAGAAUUAUGCAAAAUUUCCAAAACAACCACAGUUUCAAGAUUAGAACGAUUCUUAUUCACUGAUGGUCUCUCUAGAUGGGCUGCGUUCUGUUGAACGUCAGCAGACCUGGUUUAUGAGAAUCCCUUGAAACAUCAGACACACUUUUGUUUAUUUUAUGAUUACACUUAAUGCAACUUUUCACUCUCGGAGGAUAAUUGUUUAAAGUUUGUUUUUUGUUGUUUUUUUUUUUCACAAUUUUUAACCAAUGAAAUCCUAUACCUAUUUGAUUUUAAUCAGGUUUUGUGUCAAGAUUUUUAUAGGAUAUAUUUAGAUAUUUUCUCAUUUUAUUUACACCAACAAGAAUAAAAACAAAAGGGAAUUAUCUCAUUGUGUGACUUUAAAAGUUAGAUUUUCGAACCUUUGAAUGAGAUAUUUAUUAUAAGAUAUCCGAGAUGUUUAUCAGUUGCUUUGACUGAAUAUUGUUUAUUUGUUGAAUAUACGUAUAAGUUAUUCUGAAAGCCUGUAAAAAGCUUUGAAUAUAAAACAGAGUAUAUAAUGGGGUGUACAAAGAUUUAUUUUUGUCGUUGUAGAAAUGAUAUGUUUCCAGGAGGAUUAUUUUAUUCAUUGUUAAUGUACUAUGUUUAUUGUAAGUAGAUGUUGUUAGAUCUGGUUCUAAUAUUAUCAGAUUGAGUUUGGAGACCAGUCCGAGAAUGCAACAUUUUCAUUGGUCAAUUUCAAAUUUUUGCUAAUAAAUAACCAAUCAGAUGUUAGUAGACUGACUCCCUAACCCAGAUUAUUAACCUUGGGGCCCAUUAUGCAGUGACUUUACAGUGGUCAGUAACUCAACUGAAAGAGAAAAUACCAAAAAAAUAGCCAUUUUUGAUAUGGAAUACUAUAGAAGAGUGAGGCAAAAGCUAAAUUAGUACUUCCCUUUAUUCAGUAUUGUUUGAAUAAUGUCCGAAUAUAAUGUAAUAAAAGUCUGUAUCAGAGAAUUUAUAUUUCUAGUGGGUGAUGAUAUGCUUUUAUAAGGUCUCUGUUGACCAAGUGCAUUGACUGUAUGUUACCGUAUUUAUUCUUCUGUAAGAUGAAGUUUUUUUCCCUCUUAUAAAUCAGAACUGAUGUGUUACCUCAUCUAAUAAGUGAGCCAAUAUCAUUGAACUAAUGAAUUUGUAAGGGUCUGCAAAAUACUGCCAAUUUUGGACGUCUUUAAGGAGUUUGUCUUAUAGACGGAUCGUCUUAUAGAUGGGUAAAUAUGCUAUAAGUUUAAAGUUACAAUUUACAACAUUUUCCAUGCCAAAGUAAGGAUUUUUAAAAUAUUUGAAUUUUUGUUGUUGUCUUAAACGGAAGAUAUAAGAUUAAUUUGAUGUACAUGUAUUAUAUACAUGUACUCAACUUUGAAUUUUUGUCCAUUUAUAUAUAGGUUGUAAGCUGUUGUUACUAGUUACUGUAUAAAUAUGGGCACAUGUAUAUUGAUCAUAUUGUUUCUUGAAAAAGAAGGGAAAGUCUUUGUUUUGUUUAAUGUUGUAUGUAUAUACAGAGUUAUCAUGUAAAUUUUUAUGGCUUUAAAACUUUAUACAGAGAAAUGGUUUUAUAUAUAUGUGUGUAUUAUUGUCAUAAAUUUGAUUAUAUGAUGUUAAACUUAUACUAUUCAAUUAUUGUGUUACUAUGUUCAAUUAUUUUGUGAAAAUUAAGUUGUUGUGUUUAUCCUCUGGAAAAAAUUUGAACAUCUUUGAACUUGUAAAAAAAUGAUAAAGAGAGAUAUAUAUUAUGUGUUUCAGAUGCAUUAUUGAAAAACUUGGCUUAGUUGUUACUUGCAGAGUAGAGGUUUUGUUUCAAGUGUAUAAAAGUUCUGUAUUUUUCCCUGAUCAUGUUUUUUUUUUCUUUGGUGCAUAUCUUUAAUUUAUUCUUGUUUGGGCACAAUAUCAAUAACACAUGGUUUGAAUGUCACAAAAUAACAUAUUAUUAAAAAAAAAACUUUUGGGUCACACAGACAAGUGGCUGGGCAUUCUUUUGUGUAGGGAAAAGGGGAAAACAGUAUUUCAGUCUAAUAAAGAAAGACUUGAAGUUUCUUUACUGCCUUUGAAAUAUACCUUUACCCUGUUAAAUGUCUAAAAUCGAUUGGUCCAUCAUUAAAUUUGGGCAGUACAAUUUAUUAUUCGAAGGGGUGUUAACUGAAAAUUUACUGACUGAAUAGCAAACUGUGCAGACCAUGAUCAACCUGCACUGGUCACAAAGGCAGAAUCAAUUGCCGCUAGCAGGCUAAAGAUUGUGUGGCCACAAAAUUUCACUGUUUGUACUAAAAUGGCUAUUUCUUGUGGAUAUGAUUUUGUGGAUUUGAAAUUUUGAAUAUGAAAUGACUGGGAAUUUUACUCAUUGGUGGGACCUUAUUUUGUGGAUUCAUCCAACCAUGAAAUCCACAGAAAUUUGUGCCCCAAAAAUGUGAAUGAUAUCACAGUCUUUCAAACAUUUUUUUAGCUCACCUGAGCCAAAGGCUCAUGGUGAGCUUUUGUGACCAGUCAAUGUCCGUCGUGUGCCCGUCAACAUUUUCUAAAAAAUCUUCUUCUUGAAAACCACAAGGCAGAAUUACACCAAACUUCACAGGAAUGAUCCUUGGGUGGUCUCCUUUCAAUUUUUCAUUCCAUGCAGAACUCUGGUUGCCAUGGCAACCGAAAGGAAAAACUUUAAAAAUCUUCUUGUCCAAAACUGCAAGGCAUAGAGCCUUGAUAUUUGGCAUGUGACUUCAUCUAAUGGCGCUCUAUGAAGAUCGUUCAAAUUGUGCCCCUGGGAUGAAAAGAGGCCCUGUCAUGGGGGUCCCAAGUUUUACAUAGACUUAUAUAGGAAAAAAAUUUAAAAAUCUUGUCUGAAACUACAAGACCUAGGCCUUUGAUAUUUUGUAUGUAGCAUUGCCUUGUGUUCCUCUAUGAAGGUUGUUCAAAUUGUGCCCCUGGGGUGAAAAGAGGCCCCGCCCCGGGGUUCCCAAGUUUUACAUAGACUUAUAUAGGAGAAAACUUUAAAAAUCUUCUUGUCUGAAACUGCAAGGCCUAGGCUUUUGAUAUUUGGUGUGUUGCAUUGCCUUGUGGUCCUCAACCAAAACUGUUCAAAUUAUUACCCUGGGGUUAAAAGAGGCCCUGCCCGGGGGCGGGGAGUGGUCCCAAGUUUAACAUAGACUUAUAUAGGGAAAAAAAUAAAAAUCUUCUUGUCUGAAAGUUAAAGGCCUAGGCCUUUGAUAUUUGGUAUGUAGCAUUGCCUAUUGGACCUCUAACAGGAUUGUUCAAAUUAUGCCCCUGGGUUGAAAAGAGACCCCACCUGGGGUCACUUGUUAUAUGAGUUAUAUAGGAAAAAAUACUUAAAAAUUUUCAGAUCAUAUUUCCUAGACUGUUUAAUUAUAUUUACCUGAUGUACCCAAGUGAUUACGGGUCACCUUACUUUGGCCUUGACCUACUGACCUACUUUCUUGUUUUUUAAGGUACAGCCUUGAAAUUUGGAUGACAUGUACAGUUUUGCAUACCAGUCUUAAAACUGACUUUCAUUGACCAUGAAUGUGACCUACUGACCUACUUCCUAAUAUUUUAGCAUCUGUUUGCCAUUUGAAACAUGUGGCUCAUAUUACUCAGGUGAGCGAUUCAGGGUCAUGAUGACCCUCUUGUUUUUAUUUUGGGUUAGUUUGUUUUAUUUGGUUAUCCCAGAAACUUGCAUCUUUUUGGAUCUACUUUCAAGUUCCAACAGUGUCUUCUAUAUAUAAGUAAGUUUUGCACUCUUAUACCUUAUAACACUUGUGGAUACAUUGUACCAGUGUCCUUGGUUAGGGGCAAUAUGCUUUCAUUCUAUUCUACACUGAAUUUAGUCUUGCCAAUAAUGCUUUUGAAUUUAACAGUUUCUAUUGCAAAAAAGUAGAAAAGUAGCAUAAGUUCAGAGUAUCACCAUAAAUUAACCACAAGUUAUUCUACAAUAGAAUAGUUAUAUGAUGGAUGAAAAAUAUCGCUUCUGUUACACUGAGCAAAGUAUGUAUUUAACUUGGAUAUAAGUCAACAAUUUUUUUUACGUAAAGAGUGCAUUUAUUGUUAUGUAUUCAUAAUGUAUUAAAAUAAACCUUAGUGAUUGUCAGUAGCUAGUUACAGUCUAGACAAAGGGGGGCCCUUCACAAUAAUCAGUUUUCUAUUGAAAAAAAUGGCACAACUGUAGUGAUAUUUUAUGGUAAGGUUUUAAUAAAGGCUGUGAACAGAAUAGUCAUUAGUGUAAGUAGGAUUUUGUUAGGAUUUUGCUAACAAGCAAAGAAAUUGAGUUAUAGAAGUAAAUCGAAUUAGCUGUGUAACCAAUUAGAGAAUUUUUUCUUGAAAAAUAUAGAUAUGUAAGAUCAGGUGGAAAUGAGAUUCAUUAAUUGGUUUAGGGGAAUGAUCAUCUGUGUAAGCAAUUGGAUGCUAUUGUAUUAAAAUAAGUUUUAAUGGCCGUUCAGCUCAAAUUAAUAGUCAGUUAUUCUCAGUUUGUUUGUCAAGCCCCUGGUUUAAAGCAUGAUGAAAAUCACCUACUUUAAUAACCUCUUUUGAACUCCUACCAUAGAAAACCACAUCCUAUGUUGCUAGGUAGUACUCUCUAGAUUUAUGGUUGGAGCUGAAGUGUAUGUGGUGGGAGUUUCAUUUGUAAGACAAUAAUGAAGGAAAGUGAUGGCAAUCUGAGCAGUGAUUUUUCCUUUAAAAAACAUCUUUUGAUGCAUCUGUUGGGUAAAGAGGAUGAAAUUGUUUCCGUGUGGAUUUGAUUUGAUGUAAAGUAAUAUUACAAAAUGCUUUCUUUGAUAUUAUCAUUUGAUAGAUUAGAUCAUACGGAAAUAUGUAAAUUGAUGGUAAAAAAAAAUAUAUCCAGAUAACCUAUCAUUAUUGUCGAUGAACUUAAGCAGUUUAGUCUUUUAAUAAGAAAUUGUUAUCAGAGUGUGAAUAAUACAUGUAUGGUCAACAUUGAAACCUGAAUAUAGUGACCUUGAGGUCGGGGUGGGUCAUCUAAGGCACAGAAUAUAAAAUAAAGUUGAAGUAACUUGAAAUUAUAUGCUGUUACUUAGAAACUACCUGUUCAAGAAGUUCCAUUACCACAACUCACAGUGACACCUCGUCCUAUUCGAAGAAUAAGUAGAGCUAUCCUACUUACCAUGGUGUUGGUGUCGGCGUCACACCUUGGUUAAAUUUUUUCGUACCUUUCCACAUUUUGACAAAACCUUUUGAUGUAUGGCUUUGAAACUUUAAAUGCUUGUAUCUUGUAUAGCAUAACCAUAUCCAGUUUUAGGCAAGAGUACAUAACUCCAUCAAGCAUUUUGUCUGAAUUAUAGCCCAUUUUUAGAAUACGAAUCUUGGUCAAGUUUUUUGUACCAAGUCAUAUUUUGUGUAAAAUGUUUGACAUAUGGCUUUGAAACUUUGACCACAUAUUUACCAUCAUAGUCUCCAUAUGUAGGCAAGACUACAUAACUAGAACAAGGAAUUUGGCUCAGUUAUGGCCCUUUUUGACAUCGAAAUUUGUUAUUCAUAACAAUAAUUAACACAUUGCCAUAUGCAAGACUUGUCCAGUUCCACAAAUACAGAUACAUUGUCUUAUCUAUCUGAAAAUCUCUGGUUAUAUUUUGACCCCAUACUUACUUCAGUUCUUUGAAUAGUCAAGCGUGCUGUCAACUGACAGCUAUUGCUUUCUUAUUUUGUCCUCAAUUUUCUGAAUGUAGGCGCAAUACCAGCAAAUUACAUGUUUGUUUAAAGUCAGAAUAGAUUGUAAGAGACAAGGGGGUUGCAAGUAGAUGAAUACACAUUCACUAUUAAAGUGUAUGGAAAUAAAUCGUUUAUUAUAUGUAAUAUCUUCAUUGAUCAGAAAUAAGGAAAAUGUUUUUUUCAUUUGUUCUACUUAUUGUCGGGCUGUAUUAAUUUCCAUUCUUUAUGUUAUGUUGUAAAUUGACACCAAGGCAAUAUAGGUUUCACUUUUCUGGAUUUUGUACACUUAGUAUAUUACUGUAGUAUGUCUGAGGUUAUUUUUCACUGUUUUUGAAUGUCAUGGGGUUUCAUGAAUUUUCUGACCUUAUUUCUUGAAUUACAUUAGUUGUUAUUAUGGUUUUUUUUUAUGAUUUUUUUAAAUGUUGGCAGAUUACUGCAGAUAAGGGAAAUAAUGGUUUUAAACUUGGUUAAUGUAGCAUAGAAAUCUUUGUUGAUGUAGCAUAGACAAUAUUGUCAUUACUGGAUUUGAGAUUUCAAAGAACUAGAAAGAAAUCAAUAUUUAGGGGUGUUUUUUUUUUACAUUUUAUUGAAAAAUAGUGAAUUUCUGUAGUCAGUAAUGCAAAUAAAACAUGAUUGUAGUUCCUUAGAACAUCUGCUUCCUGACCAUUUGAAUGAGUCAUUUUUUGGACAAAAUGCUAUCAUGGACUUACUUGAAAGGUUGGAAAUAUUUUAUGGUGUUUUUGUCCUGUAUUUGACUGUUUUCUUCAUUUUUGUUUUUGUGUGAAUCUGUUUUAUAGUGUCACCUAGAAUUUCACAAUAUUUAUUCAUUUAGUUAUAAUUAGUGUGGGGUUUUAAAACAUUUAUCUGAGGUUGGUACUUUUGACAGGGAGUUAACGUUUUAAAGUUCUAUAUUGCUUUUAAUUUAUGUUUAAAAUACACAAAGCCCCUGCCAAAAUAGAGAAUAUGCAUAAAUAUGUCUUUUAGAAAAGCACUAUUUUAAUACUUCACAUGAAUUUAUAGUCAGAGCCAUAAAGGGAGGUGAUUAAAAACAGUGAAUUCAGUAGUUCUUUCCAAAUAUUUAUAUCAUCUAUGCCAUUAUGACCCUCUAAGUCACUAUUAUGUAGCAGCUAUGUUUGACAUAUUGACAAGGAUGAAUUUUAAUGAGGCAAAUGACUGUAAAUGACUUCAAAGUUUCCUUAUUGCUUGUUUAAGAUUCAACAAAUGUUGGUUUAUGAGGGUAUUUAGACACUAUAGAUAUUUUUCAGUGAGUAUAUCUGUAAUGAAUGUCAGAAAUGAUAAACUGUUUAUGUUUUGUUCAAGCAGCAAUACCAACUAGUCAUUUGGACUUAAACAAUGCAAAUUAUACAGAUUAGUCAUGUAUCAAUGAAAGUAGUCCAUACUGGCUCCAGAAGGAGGAUAAGUGAUAUGUUAAAUACAAUAUUUUAGACAACCACUUCACCACACAGCAAGAGAUUUUCUAUUUUGAAACAGCCAUUUUCUUCCAGUUUUUGAAGAUAACUAAAUUGCAGUUUUCUUAUAGUAUCAUCUAGGACCAUAAAACAAUCUCAGUAAAGAAAAACUGUUCCUCACGCAAAAAUCUUAUGCACAUUAUCCAGAUUGGCUAACAAGUCUUACUAAGUAUUUUUAUACACUUGCUUUGAAAAAAUAUGGAGUGGCAUUGUCCGUUGCAAUGACACAAUGACUAAGUUCCAGUAGAGGAAGAUCCCUAUCGAUUUUGGAAUCAGUGACUCAAAGGUCAAGGCCACAUGGACCUGACUCAGUUUCUGGUAUUUUUCUUCCUUUCCAGACUCUUUAGUCAAAAAGUGUAAAGUAUAAUAGCUAUUGCUUUCAAACCUUACACACUGACUAAGUACCUGUUGAGGAAGCCAUCUUUCUACACCUCCAAGGUAAUUGCUGAUGCACUAUUAAUGCCUAGUACCUUUCUGCUUGUGAACAAGCAUAUUAUGCCCAUUUAAGCAGAGCACUUGUUCAGUGUUCAGUUUUUCACUUUGAAAUCUUUUAAUCAGGAUAUAUUACUAUUGUUUCUAGAAUUGAAAGUUCCAGUUUCAAAAUAAAAUCAUGUUGAAAGUCUUUAUGAAAAAUUGUUAAUUGACUAUGAUAGCUGAUAGAUAUAUUACAUUUAUGAAUUGUUAAUUAAUGUAUAUAGAUUUGACUUGUUUAAAUAUUGUGCUUGUGUCUUAACACUAUAAAUUGGCAUGCUUAUCCACGA